UUAGAUUUUCUACCACGGAGUGCCGCCAUAGUUCAGACUGUUAGGUUUUUUCGGCUAAAAAUUCAAAAUUCUUGACACAGUGCCGCCAUUAAUCUUUGAUCUCCGAUGGCAGGCGGCGGCGAGAGCAGCAUCUUACGCUACUUCAAGAAAGGAGCCGAAGUCGAGGUAAACAGCGACGACGAUGGAUUUCGCGGGUCUUGGUUCGCGGCCACUGUGAUCCGUCCGCCGAAAGAUGAAUCCUCCAAGGUCCUGGUGGAGUACAAAACCUUGACGGAGGACGAGGCCGGAAAGCGACCGCUGAGGGAGCCGCUGCAGCUGGUGCAGCUGCGCCCUCCGCCGCCUCAGGAGAAUCGCACCUCCUUCGAGUUCAGCGACGAAGUGGAUGCAUACUACAACGACGGGUGGUGGGAGGGGGUGAUCACCCGGAAAUUCGAGGGCAAGGAUAAAUAUACUGUCUUUUUCCGUGGGUCGAGGGAGGAGCUGUCCUUCACGGCCUCGCAGUUGAGGCUGCACCGCGAGUGGGCCACGGGUGAGAAGUGGGUCCCGCCUUUGCUCCCCUCCUCCCACCCCAAUAAAACUCCGUUGUCAGCUGAAGCAGAAGACAGCACGGUGGCAACUGAGCAUAACUUUAACCCAGGAAACCAUGCGGAAGCCAGUAGCGAUGAAGAUGGUUUUGAAAAUGAAUCCAUACAGUAUCAUAAGACAACUCCGUCAUCAGCUGAAGCGAAAGACGGCAUGGUGGUGACUAAACAUAUCUUUAACUCAGGAGACCAUGCAGAAGCCAGUAGCGAUGAAGAUGGUUUUAAAGGUGCUUGGUUCCCUGUAACUGUUCUCGAGAAAACAGCAGCUGGAAAAUAUCUGAUUGAGUACAAAAAACUGAUGAACGAUGAUGGCACAGGCUUCUUGAGAGAAGAGAUCAAUGAACUCCAUUUAAGGCCAAGCCCUCCUGAUGUUGGAGUCGUUGACAGAUUUAAAGUCAAUGACCAAGUUGAUGCUUUUUACAAUGAUUGUUGGUGGGUUGGUAGGGUUACGAAAGUUCUUGUGAAAGAAAGGUACUCUGUGUACUUUGAGAACCCGCCUGAGGAAUUGAAGUUUGAGCAUUCUGACUUGAGGGUGCAUCAAGAAUGGAGAAAUGGCAAAUGGCAUUGCUCCUAAGGUUCUCAAAGUUGUAGCGGCCUCUCUUGUGCAAGUGUAAAUGCUUUAACCCUCUGCUUCUUCACUUGUAUCUAACACCUUACUUUUAAUUCUGGGCAUAGUAGCACCUUAAGGAAUUUGAUUUUGCCAUAUUCACCUCUAGCUUAUUAUGCUUUUGCUGUAACCUGUAUUUUUGAUGAACUAUCAGUCACAUUUUGAACCAACUUCUAUAGUAAUCCAACUGAUUACUCCUGAAGGGUUGUUAAAUGCAUUCAACUAUUUGGUGUGUUUUCCAUAA